GUGAGUGACGUCAGACAGGAACCAGUGGAAGCGAGCUUGACAAAUCAAGAUGGCGUCCCACGCUGAAGCAGGAAAGAGAUGUCAUAAAUAAAUUUAAUUCGGAGAAGAGUUCAGAUUUGAGUGCCACCUCGACAAGACGUCGUUUUGAUUUUGAAAGAACAAGACGGAGCAGAUACAGUGGACACACAGCAACCUGGUCAUCCUGUCACAGUCAUGUGAAUCCAAGACGAAUAUCCUCUUGCCUUUGAAGUCUCUAAAUGGCUGCGAGGAAGUCUGGAUCAGAUGCAUACAACAAUGGAUCCAUCAGCUACCUUGAUGAUGUUCCCUUCAAGAUUAAUGAAAAAUUCCGCUGCCCAGCCAAAGUGGGGCUGCCUGUUGGUUUUUGUCCACCAGACUGUGGCUCUUUGCUGGUGGACACACAGUAUGACUUUUCUUUGGAGAGGCGCAGUGUGCGAUGGGGGGUUGAACUUGCUGAGGCUAGAGCAGCAGAGGCCAGAGCUCAAGAGGCAGCAGCUAAGCAGGAGGCAGACAGCAAGGAGUGUUUGGCACAGGCCCAGGACAUUGAUGGUACUGGAGGGAAGAAACCAGGGUCUGCUGCAGAGGACCAGGACCUUCCACCACCAGCGCUGAACCCUGUUCUGGCAGGGCUGAGCCAUGACGCCAUUCUCACUCCACUACCUGCCCCAAGCCUUGGCCCCAGGAAAACCCAACCUAGCACUCCUCAGCUGCAUAACCUCAAUUUAGCUGACUUUGAGCGGGAAGAGGACCCCUUUGACAAGUUGGAGCUCAAAACUUUGGACGAUAAGGAAGAGCUCAGGAACAUCCUUCAGAGCCAGUCCCAACCUCUAGCUCCUCCUUCUGUAUCCCCACCAGAGGUCUCACAGACAAAGUCGGCGUCACGUGGAAACAGCCCGUCCCCUCCCAGCACCAACACCAGCGUCAUAGCCAAACCUGGCUUUACCCAUAAACCCAAUGGGUUGGUUGCCUUGCUGGACAUGGACAAAGUUGGGCAUCCUGGGAGAGCGGGGUUUGACACAGAUGAACGACCCUGUAACAUCCGCUCUCUCACUUUUCCUAAACUGUCUGACUCUGGUGACCCAGAGCCAGUAAAGUACAGCCUACUCCCUACUCCAAUCCCUGCUCCUCGUCAUAACCUACCCAAUGGCAGCCCGCCGGUCCUACCUAAGACCCAAGUUAUUGUUGCCCCUGAGCCACCCAGUCACACCAAGAGUGGUGCACCAAAAAUAGCCAACCCAGGGUCUGGAACUGCUGGUCUGCCGUGUGGCGGAGCCCUGCUCAGCAUGACCCCAAGUGAGCGUCAGUGUGUGGAAACCCUUGUGGGCAUGGGCUACUCAUAUGAGGGUGUCCUACGGGCCAUGCAGAGACAAGGGCAGAACGUGGAGCAGGUACUGGACUAUCUGUUUGUCCAUGGACGUCUGUGUGAGCGGGGCUUCGAUGCAGGUGCAGUGGAGGAAUGUUUAGAGAUGUACCAGUGCUCAGAGGAAAAGGCAUUGCAGUUCCUUCAGCUAAUGUCAAGGUUUGGUGAAAUGGGAUUUGAGCGGGACGCCAUCAAAGAGGUGCUACUGGUCCACAACAAUGACCAGGACAAGGCUCUAGAGGACCUGAUGGCACGGGCUGCAGCUAGCUGAGCCAAGCUAACCAGCCGACCAAAACCCUGCCCAGGGCUUGCCUCCUGCUACUACCCAACACAGCCCUUUUCCUUCUGCCUGCCCUAUCACACCAUGCCCUGCCCUUGCCUUGGUUGUGGAAGGGACAGCUGGGAGACAGUUGUAUUUCUCUCUGUGCUAAAAAGUAUUGUGUCUCAGCACUUCUUAAAGACUGUGUGCCUCGAGUGGAGGUGGUCAAAGUGUAACCAUACUUCAUGGUGGUGUUUUUUUCUAAGAAAUCCUGGGAUGAGUUUCCAGGAUUUGGUACUGCUAGGGUAUUUAAGAAUGGGAAGGAAGUUUGAGCCUGAAAGAGUAACUGGAAGAAUUGAACUGAAGGCAUUUUCAUGCUGUUCUGAUUUGUUUCCACUAGGAAGUGUUUAUGUGACUGCUGGCAAAGCUGUGGGACCGAAUGGGGAUGACAGGCUCUGAGCGCAUUACAGAAAGACCACUUUGAACUCUUGGAACUCCCAAACAACUAAGCUGCCAUCUUCCACUGCUCAGUGCAGACCCAGUAAAAGGUGGAGGGGAUCAGGGGGCUUGGGGAGAUUCUCUUCAAACUGAACCAACUAACAUUAAAAGUUAAAAAAAAAAAAAAGAUUAAAAAAACAAAACGAAACAAAGGCCUUUGUCGCCAGACAGAUAACAGACUCUCAAGAAGUGCCCUCUCUGCUCUGGUGCCCUGCACCUAGUUCUGUUCUGCUUUAUUCUUUCAUGCAUUAAUGUCUGUCUGUUCAUUUGGGCACUUUUUCAUGUCAGUUUGAAGAUCCCAUUUCUUUUUUUUAGGAACUGCACAAUAGAUCUUUUGUCAUUAUAACUCAGAACAUAAGAGAUACUACUGCGCAGUACACUCUUUGACCUGCACUGGAACAGCUUCUUGAAGGAGUGGGAGUAAAUGCGGAAAGUCUCUCUACCAGAAAAACCCACUGGCACUGAUGUGUCACAUACUGCACAGGCACACAUUUCAUAAUUAUCAGCUUAUUUUACAUAGUACACUGACACUUUCAUUUAAAAAUAAAGAGUUUGAUAUGAUAAUGUAAAAUAUGUUAACUCACAAAAGCAAUGCUUUUAACUGUCAUGGGCUUUCUUUAUGCAGACUGGAAAAGAGUGAGAGAUUGAAAAACAAGUAAGUGAGGGUUGUUUUUGCAGCCGCAUCACAGUGCAAUAGAGACAUUUCCUUUAAUUUAACUGUUGACUGGCACUUUGAGCCUCAAGUAAUUGUUGGGAGUUGAGGAAAGAUCUUCAAGCCUUGCUGGAAAUUGGGUUGUAAAGGUUUGAUUACAGUGAUGUCUGUCAUUUAUUCUCUGUUAUUGGAUAUUUCAUAUCACAAAAUCUAAUCAAACAUGAUCUUGGUUUGUUGACUUGUUUGCUUUUUUUUUUUUGGGAGUAUGAAAUUACUUUACAUCUUGAUUUUAGGUUUGAUGGCAUCCCAACAGUCUUAUAUGGAAAGUUUGAAAAAGAAAAAGACACCAUGUCAAAAGCAUUUUUCAGUGUGCUUAUUUGGCUGUAAUUGUUGAACACAAAGCCUUCUGGAUCCUUUAUUUUUAUAGUUAGUGCUAAUGGACCUCCUGAGUUCCAUGCUACAUAUGUUUAAAAAGCAUGUCUGCUCAGGAGCACUAAGGGUAUAGAUGAUGGAGAUAAACACAAUCUUGAGCUCUUUGGUACUGGUGGGGCAUUGUGAGAAGCAUGGUAACAGAUUAAGGGCUUUAAAGGUAGCAAAAUGUGACUGGGAGAAGUGGCACUUCGCUUGGGGCAGGUCCAGUACAUUAUCCUGUAUUCCACAUUUGCAAAAGAAACUUUCUAACCACCAGUCUGUUAAAGAACAACUCUGGUUUUGACAAAUAUAUUUUUCCCGGCUUAUGGCCACUAGAAACACAAUUUUACUUGUUCAAUAGAAAAUAUCCACAACCGAGUGUCUGCAGAAUUUCCACUCAAACCAGGAGAGUGAGUACUUGCUUACAGUAAACAAACCUCCUUCUGAAGAGGACACACAACACCACGAAUUCGUCCAUCUAUCCAUUUUUUGCUGUUCUUUGGUUAGGACAGUUCCUGGUGCAGGCAUAUAACAAGACACAAACAAGGUGUAAUGUUUGAAUGACCUCUUACACUUAUUUAAGUCAGUGUUUUGUCUGCUAUUUUAUAAAUGUGAUCAACAAAUAAGUACUUUCACUC